CUGUUCGUGAUUUCCAGUCUUUUUCAAAAACUGUCGAAGGCAAGGCAAAUUGGAUACUCAACAAAAUAAAAGGCAAGCCGCAGAAGGCCUUACCGGAUCUCCUCCGAGAUUACGGCCUUCCUCCAGGACUCUUCCCUCGGAAUUUAACGUGCUACGAAUUCGAUGAAUCCAGAUCUAAGCUGAUCGUGUACUUGCCUUCUCCCUGCGAGGUGAGCUUCAAGGACUCGUCGGUGGUGAGAUAGGCGAGUCGCGUUAAAUGCACGCUGUCGAGGGGAAAGCUGAGUGGAAUCGAUGGAAUGAAGACGAAGGUCAUUGUGUGGGUUAAGGUUACCGGAGUCGCCGUGGAGAGCUACAAGUCUGAUAAGGUGUGGUUCACCGCCGGGGUAAAGAAAUCGAGAGCCAAAGAUGCGUAUGAAAUGCCUCGCGAUGCAAUUAAAGUAGAAGAAUUCUGAUUUGACUUUUUUUUUUUCCCUGUGAAAAGCCUUAUUCAUUUUUUUGACAGGGAAAAGCCUUAUUCAUUCUUUGUAUAGAAUCUUCUAAAAAACGACAGUGCAAACAAAUGGAACGGAAAACAACUGCCACUUCAAGGGAGUUUUGUUCAUUCAAAGACAAAUUAAGUGCCAAAGCAAGGUAUUUUGGUGUUAUCAAACUCAGGUGGUUUUACCGUAUAAAGGCAAGAAUUAAACGUGGGCUUUCUCUGAAUUGUGGAUUUUAUCCCCAAGACAGCCCUACUAAACUUAUCUGCACUGCACAGUUUUUCUCUGUUUGGGUUGCUGCACGGUUGGGAUGGGUGUUUUUUCUUAGCUUGCUGGUUUUGUACUUUCGAUUUGUUACUUAUUGCUGUCAUAGUAUUAUAAUUCGCAGAUGCACCUUUGCACUCCCUAUUUAUGUAUAUACUAUGUUGUUAUUGAUAAUUUUCUUAAAUAUACGGAGAUUUGAGUU